AGAAUACAGAAGGACCAUUCUGUGUUUUAAUAACUGCAAUAGUGCAUACCUAUAUUUGUCUCUGUUGCAUUGAGAUGCAUGCGCAAUAGUUUCGAUGCACUAAACAUUCAACUACACAUGUCCUCCCUAUGCCCGAGAGAUGGAUUUAUUCGUUCAUUGCUAAGAGAAACCUUUAGAGGAAAUUGUGAAUUUUUGUACUGUUGUACUUUCCUAUUACCAUGCAUUGGUAUUUUCCCAGACGUCGAUAGUAGUGGAACUUGUUGAUUAGCAGCGAAAUUCCUUCGUUGUGUUGUUAUUUUUACCAGAAUUCUCCCGCUGGAAACGAAUCGCGCGAGACCGGUUUGAGCAGUGAAACUAAUACCAUCAUGCACAUGCAUUGCAAAAACAGGGACAUCCCCCGAAAUUGUACAAGUAUGAGAACUGCAAAAGCAGUGACCGCAGACAUCUCGUGAGAUGAAUCGCUUCUCUAUACUUGCACAGCAAAUAAACACAUGGAAACAGUCUGAGUUGUGCGCGCUGUAUGUUGUCAUGUAUGGAAUGAUUUUUCUGCCAUCGCAUUUGCUUUCAUUUUGCAUCUUCCGUUCAUAGCGUGAAUAGCGGAGCAGCAGCUCGAGUCGUAGUUAAAAAGUUGUUUGUUUUUUUACGGGAAAGCGAAACAGUUGCAAAGUGUAGUGUGCUUCACAAAAAUACGUGAUCACAAUGCUUACUGGAUACCGGUUGCUGGCGGAUUCAUUCCACGCGUUUGCAAUACUCUAUCUGCUGUUCAACAUUUGGCGCACCAAAUCAUGCUUUGGCGUAUCGGGAAAAACACAGAUUCUGUACGUCACCGUUUUUGCGACGCGUUAUGCCGAUCUGGUCACGUUCCCAGAAACCUACAGCGUGUAUAAUGUGCUGAUGAAGACGCUCUUCAUCAGUGCAACGCUAAUAACGGUGCUGCUGAUGCACAGCAUCUACCGUAAAACGUACGACCGCGAAAAUGACACCUUCUACAACGAGGUCCUGAUUUUGCCCUGCUUUGUGACUGCACUGUUCGUGAAUUAUCGCAUGGAAGCGUUCGAGAUAUUGUGGUCGUUUUCCAUCUUUCUCGAAGCUGUUGCCAUACUGCCCCAGAUGGAUUUAAUCUGCAAAACCUUCCAUGUGGAGCCAUGGUUCAAGUGUUAUCUGCUUCUACUCGGCUCGUAUCGUGCACUGUACGUACUUCACUGGAUGGAUCGGUAUAGCCUGUAUGGACUGUACGAUCCUUUAGCAUUUAUCGCGGGUGGCGUGCAGACCGUACUGUUUGUACUGCUAGCAUUACGAAUUGCCACUCUGAAGCAUCGGGAUCGUAUCGUGACGGUUAGUACGAUCUGCUAGUCAGUGCAGCAGAUAAAUCCAUGCACUGUAAGCAGUACUCCAAUAGUUUGUAUUCUUGUAUAUGUAUAGCUUCAAGGAAGCUUAAAUCUGUGAAUUGAUGUAACGUUCGAUUGUUAGUUCGCUAAUUGGUGGCGAGCGAUACGUUUUCUACCUAUCCCUUGCAUAUCAUUCAAUUGAUAGAAUUGUUAGAAAAAACAUUAAAAGGUUAAUCUUGAAAUAAAGAUACGCAAAUGUCUCAAUCCCA